AUGAAAGAUGGUUUGCAAGGGGAACCAGAUUACACUGGGCCCUGUUUUUAUGCUGAGGGCAAGAUGGCAGCAGAUGAAGGUGCACGGGACACCUUGCGGCUCCAGUUCAAGGCCAUGCAGGAGAUGCAGCACAAAAGGUUGCAGAAGCAGAUGGAGAAACAGAGGGAAAAGGAACUGAGCCUCGAAAGCAAAGUUGAUGACCAAAAAGAGCCCUUGGAGAUCUCGGAUGGCCUCAGCCUUCUUCAAGCUGGGGAGAAAAACUCAAAACACACCUUCGAGCAGAGGAUGCUUGAAGAGGAGAUCACACACCUUCGAGAGCAGCUCAGGGAGACAGUGGAUGAAAAUGGGCGAUUGUAUAAGCUGCUGAAGGAAAGGGACUUUGAAAUCAAACAUCUCAAAAAGAAAAUAGAAGAGGACAGAUUUGCCUUCACAGGGACAGCCGGUCUGGCCGGGGAUGUGAUCGCCACCAAAAUCGUCGAGCUGUCCAAAAAGAACCGGGCGCUGAUGGCAGAGUCAGAGGGUGCGAAAACCAGAGCGAAGCAGCUGAACAAUCGCAUCCGGGAGCUGGAGCGGGAACUGCAGGCGGCCCAGGCCAGGCUACCAGCCAAGGCGGCCACCGACGUGGGAGCCAAGGCGCCGAGGGCUCAGAUGGGAGACAGAGCCUUGCCAGAGACCCCAGAGGUGAAGGUCUUGCAGGACAGGCUGGCAGCCACAAACCUGAAGAUGAGUGAACUCCGCAACCAGAUCCAGUCGGUGAAGCAAGAGCUCCGGAUGGCCCAGAAGGUUUUGACCAGUGAGGUUGGGGAAGAUGUGAAUGUCCAGCAGCUCCUGUCCUCUCCUGGGACCUGGAGGGGUCGGGCUCAACAAAUUCUCGUUCUGCAAAGCAAGGUUCGUGAGCUUGAGAAGCAGUUGGGACAGACCCGGAGCCAGUCUGCAGGAACAUCCAGUGAUGAGCCGUCUGUCUACCCAGACCCAAGGAAGCUGUCUGCACAGGAGAAAAACCUGCUGAGGAUCCGCAGCCUGGAAAGGGAAAAACAGGAGGGCUGGGAGAAACUUGUGGGGGAGCGGGAUGGCCUCCAGAGAGAGCUUGAAGAACUGAAAAAGAAGUUUGAGGGCAUGAGGUCCCGGAACAAGGUGCUAUCAAGCGAAGUGAAGACGCUGAGGAGUCAGAUGGGGACCCUGGUGGAGAAGGGCAGGCAUGACGAUGAGCUCAUCGACGCCCUCAUGGACCAGCUGAAGCAGCUGCAGGAGAUCCUGGGCAGCCUGAGUCUGCAGGAGGAAAAGACACGGGCAUCCCAGCUCCGCCUGGACCAGCAGGUCAACAGUGAGGCUCAGCGGAGCAGCAGCCUCGUUGCCCAGCUGCGGGCCAUGGUGGCCGAGAGGGAGGCCAAGGUGCAGCAGCUGGAGCUGGAGAUCGGGCAACUGGGCGUGCAGUAUCUUCGGAAUAAAGGAGUGGGCGAGGGGUCCGGUGGGCCUGAGGUCAACCCUGCCUACGCUAAGUUCCUGGAGGACCCGGGCCAGACGAAGUCCCCGGCCUCAGCAGGUGAUCACGUUGGCAGGCUUGGAUCUUCUCGCUCGGUGACCAGCCUGGGCCACACGCUGGUGGAAUCUGCUCUCACGUGGCCUUCUCUGCCCAGUCCUCAUGGGGCCUCAGCCAGGUUCUCGGACUCCCCAGAACAAAAGGGCUGGCAGGCACAAGUGACAGAGUUCAAGGCCCUCUGGCAGGCUGCUGAGGUGGAGCGCGACCGGCUCACCGAGUUUGUCACUGUCCUACAGAAACGGGUGGAGGAGAGCAACAGCAAGCUUCUGGAAUCAGAGAAGAAGCUGCAGGAAGAACGGCAACGCACCGUGGUGCUGGAGCAACACCUGGAGAAGAUGCGCCUGGAGCCUGGGAGGACGUCAGUCUGUCAGAGAGCAGCCCCCAGGAGCAAAGCAGGUCUGCCCACCUCCAACACCAGGCACAACCCGAACGGGAGUGAAAGGAAGGACCCCUCCUUCACCCAGCUCUCCAACGUGCCCGUGGAAUCACAGAUGGAGGAGCUGACCACCAGGCUGGCCGUCCAGGCGGAGGAGAAUGAGAUGCUGAAGGCCGCCCUGGGCAGCGCCCUGCGUGGCAAGGAGGAGGACUUCCGUGUGUACCACGAGACCCUGGGCCAGGUGAAAGGGGUCUUCCUGCAGGCCCUGCGGCAGCAGAAGGCGGACAAGCACUAG